CCGCGCCCCCCCCGGCUCCGCGUGUGUCUCACGGGCUGGCGCACGCGCGCUCCUCGGGCGGAGAGGGGGGCGCUCUCGCGAGAGUAGGAGUUUUGGCGAGAGUUUGUGGAAGAUGGCGCCUGUUGUGACAGGGGACUGAGAUUCUGUUGGCAUGCUGAUUUUCAAGCUGAUAUCUCUUUCAGUUGCUAAGGAAGUUUGGAGAGCGACCUCAACCGAAGCGGCUCACCAGGGAAGCAAUGCGAAAUUACCUAAAGGAGCGAGGUGAUCAAACAGUGCUAAUACUCCAUGCAAAAGUUGCGCAGAAGUCAUAUGGAAAUGAAAAAAGGUUCUUUUGUCCCCCUCCAUGCGUGUAUCUUAUGGGCAGCGGAUGGAAGAAAAAAAAAGAGCAAAUGGAAAGAGAUGGUUGCACUGAGCAAGAAUCACAACCUUGCGCCUUCAUCGGAAUAGGAAACAGUGACCAAGAAAUGCAGCAGCUGAACUUGGAAGGAAAGAACUAUUGCACAGCCAAAACAUUGUACAUAUCCGACUCAGACAAGAGAAAGCACUUCAUGUUAUCAGUAAAAAUGUUCUAUGGCAAUAGUGACGACAUUGGUGUGUUCCUCAGUAAACGGAUCAAAGUCAUCUCCAAACCUUCUAAAAAGAAACAGUCACUGAAAAAUGCAGACUUAUGUAUUGCAUCAGGGACAAAAGUGGCACUAUUUAAUAGACUUCGAUCCCAAACAGUUAGCACCAGAUAUUUGCACGUAGAAGGUGGUAAUUUCCAUGCCAGUUCACAACAGUGGGGAGCAUUUUACAUUCACCUCUUGGACGAUGAUGAAUCAGAAGGAGAAGAAUUCACAGUGAGAGAUGGCUACAUUCAUUACGGGCAGACUGUCAAACUUGUAUGCUCAGUUACUGGCAUGGCACUCCCAAGACUGAUAAUUCGAAAAGUGGAUAAACAAACAGCGUUAUUGGAUGCAGAUGAUCCAGUAUCACAGCUCCAUAAAUGUGCAUUCUACCUUAAGGACACUGAGAGAAUGUAUUUGUGCCUUUCCCAGGAGAGAAUAAUCCAAUUUCAAGCCACUCCAUGCCCAAAAGAACCAAAUAAGGAAAUGAUUAAUGAUGGAGCUUCUUGGACAAUCAUUAGCACAGAUAAGGCAGAAUACACAUUUUAUGAGGGGAUGGGACCAGUCCAUGCUCCAGUAACACCUGUGCCUGUUGUAGAAAGUCUUCAAUUGAAUGGUGGUGGGGAUGUAGCAAUGCUCGAACUUACAGGACAGAACUUCACUCCAAAUUUACGUGUCUGGUUUGGGGAUGUGGAAGCUGAAACCAUGUACAGAUGUGCGGAGAGCAUGCUAUGUGUUGUUCCAGAUAUUUCUGCAUUUCGAGAGGGUUGGAGGUGGGUCCGUCAGCCAGUCCAGGUUCCAGUAACUUUGGUCCGUAACGACGGCAUAAUUUACUCCACCAGCCUUACCUUUACAUAUACACCGGAACCAGGGCCACGACCACACUGCAGUGCUGCUGGAGCAAUCCUCAGAGCCAACUCAAGCCUCAUGGCUUCUAGUGAAACAAAUACAAACAGCGAGGGAAGUUACACAAAUGUCAGUACAAAUCCAACCAAUGUCACAUCAUCUACAGCAACUGUAGUUUCCUAACUACCGUUGUUUGUUUGGACUUUAACUGACUUUUAAGUGCUACAUUCAAGAGAACUGAACAAUUUUUGUGGUUUCAUGGGAAAACACCUUUCCGUUUUAGGUGAUGUUAUUUGAACCUUGUUACCUGCAAGUGCUGAUCUUAAAUAUAGAAGCCACAAUAAAAAAGAAUACAUCCGAAACAUAAGAACUUUAUUGAAAAUCUAUUUUUCAGCUGUUUUUUUUAAUGGGCAAGAACUAAAAAUGUGGCUGGGAUACAUGUUGAGCAAACUAGAAAACAUGAACGCAGCAUAGUUUUUAUGGACCAAGGAACUUGUAUAAGCUUUAGUAUAAAAGGUACAUUUUCACCAUACCUUUUUUGUAUCACAACAUAUAGUACACUUUUGUUACCAAAUAGUUUAUAUUUUUUUUUCCUCUGAGCUUUUGCUCUGAAGUAUAUUCAGGUUCCAAGCCUGACCAUGCUUGUAUAAUCUAAUUACCAUACUCUUCCAGUUUAAAAAAAUAUAUAUAUAUUUUUGGUCUGUGGCUGGAACUGUUCCUUUUUUUAAACUGAAGUCUUGUGACUUUUUAUGAACUGAAAUUGUUUUUAUUUCAGCAAGUAGAACCUUGUAAAGGCCAGCAUAUUUUUUUUAAGAUUAUAUGAAGUCUGUGCAAAAGCUUUAAAAAAUGCCUCUGCCUUGCCUGCAAUACAUGCAAUGUAUGUUAACUUUAGUGCUCUGUUUUCAGUCAUUGUUAAUAGUUAUUUCUGUUUUCUUUUUUUAAAAUAUGUAUUUAUAGUGAUAAUUCAUGAGGUUCUAACAUUACAUGAGGUUUUUUUAAAGUGGCAUCUCAAGCAGUCAUGUUAAUGAUUGUUCAUGUCACAGGCAUACGUUGGUGUUUUUGAAGGGUUGUUACUGGGUUUCUCCCCCUCUUCCUUGCUCAGUCAUAUUGCAUCAGAAAAUGUUUCAGGAUCUGUUCAGGUUUUCUAAUCUUGUACAUAAUUUGUAUUAAGUGUAAGUUAAAUGUUUUAUUUCAGAAGUGGAAUGUUCCCAAUAACUUCAUUUGGCAGCAUGUCUUCUGUCUUGUUGGCAUGUAACUAAAAUAUCAUGAGAAGUAUGUGCUACAAAUGGGAUUGGUAGGUGAUGCCCUUCAUCACCGAGAAUCACGAAAAGCAUGUUUUUCUUCAUACUGUUGAGUAAAUUAGGCCAGACUUUGGUGUAAGACUUGUAUUGAGAACGUGCUUUCAUUGUGAAGUGAUCAUACCAUAAUAACUAGAAGUAAAUUUUAUUACUUAGAAAUGGGCAAAUAGAAAACUGUAAAAGCACUAUCAAGAUGUCAACUCCUCCCAUCCUUAUUUCCUGUGGAUUUCUCUUUCCCUGCCAACAGCUUGUGCAAUGUUCAAGUCUUCUCUCCAUCAUAAAUGUAAGGCUCAUUUGCACUUUGACUUUGUUGGUUGUUGUGUUUGUUUUUCACUUUGACCUUGCCAUGUUUUAUCCCUCCUUGUAAACCUGCCUGCUUCAUUUGUGUUUGAAAAUAUAUCCCAGUAGUUCAUUUGUAGUCACAGAACUAGGCAUAGACUCAUAGGACAAGUUCUGAUAGUGUGAUCAUCCUCUUUAAAAGCCAAAAUACAAUUUUUAUGGUGUGUUCAGCCUUUACUGUACCCUGAAGCAAGAGCCACAACUGCAGUAUAAAUGUGAACCUGUGGCUUUCUAUAGUGCAUUGCCUUUGGGCUUAUCUGUUGACCAUUUUCAUAGGGUUAUUUUCUGACCACUUAUUCCAGUUUCAACACCACCACCAUUUUAAAGCAUUUUCUCUGCACCAUGUUUGUCUGCUGCAAUGCUCCGUUCUAAUGCUUGCUUCAGUGCUCCGUUGAACAUGUUUUGUAUAUCUUGAAGACAAUGUGGUUAAAGGAAGAAAUCAGUUACAAAACACAUUUAGCUAAUAGUUUAAAUCAGUGCCACUGUCCUUCUAAAAUGUGCUUGUAUUCCACCACAGGCCUUCAUAUUUGCUAUUCUGUAUUACGAUACUUAUUCCCAUGACAUAGUCACAAUGCUGGUUCUUAGCACUAGUGAAUACUGCCUCACCUCAUCUCUGUUUCAGUGACCAAGGGCAGAAUUCAUUGUGGCCUUAUCUCUGUUUUAAACUGUUUACUGGCAUUUACUUGCAAAUCUGUUUACUUCUGUAUGUGCUAUGUAACUUUCUUUUAAUUGUUUUGUGGCAGGAAUCAUUUCACAGUGUUUUUGUUAGAAGCACAUAAGUAAGUAUCUUACAAUAUGGCUUCAUUCAAGGGCCACAGUUUUUCAGCACUAAUUAGACUGAGAAUUAAAAUAAGUGGUAUGUAUCAGAUUUAGAAGGAUAUUCAAGAACAAGACAUUAUAUACACACAGUAGGUAAACCAUAACAAGCCUUUUAACCUUCAAAGAAUAUUUUAAAUAGCUUUUCAGAACUUGACACCUGCUUUUAUAUUCAUUAUCUUAAAAUUUUUACAUAUAAAUGCAAUACUUUUUAUAUUCAGUUUCUUUUCUUGCAAUAAGUUUGCCCAAUAGACUAUAUUAUAAUAUUCUUUGACUUGUAAAGCAUCUAACUACUUAGCCUAAUUUCUGCUGUUUUACACACUACAGCCUAGUGGGUGAAAAAAAGUUAUUAAAUUCUGCUUACAAGACCAUUUUAAACCCUGUAUUUUUCCUUGAGCUUGUGGCUCCAUUGUUGCCAGUAGGUAAUUCAUAGUACAGAAAUGGUCUUCCAAGUCCGUACUGUUGUUAAGAUGUCCAGUUGUUCAGAUAUGUUAUCUUCCUGAACUUUUUUCCUGUGGGGUGAUAUUGUUACAUUUAUUGGCCUUGUGAGCUGUUAAUCAAUUUUCAUGAUAUUAACAAUAUCUAAAGAUUUUGAUUAAACUACUUUUAGAAUGUUUCAGUAUGAAACUAUUAUAACUGUUCAAGUUUAGCUGUUAAGUCUGCUGUUUAUUCUAUAUACAUAGAAAAUGAGUCUGUGUUCAGAAUGUUGUUCUAGUUCCAACUUUAGGAUGAAAAAGCAAAUUAAGUGCUCAGAUUUAGCUAUGCCUUUUCUUGUUUUCUUUUUGUUUGGAACCGCAUUUCAGAAUUCAACACUAGCAUAGUCUUUAAUAACCUGCUGCUGAUGUUUUUCCUAAUUAUUUACCCCUGAAGGUUUCCCACAACUGUGUUAAUAAUGAUAUUCUAUCCUUUUUAUUGCACAGACUUAUAAGAUCAGAAUGGUUACCUGAGAAGGGCAUGAACUGAAGAAAUAAAUCUGUGAAUUCCCCAUACACAUAAUAUUAAUGCCAAGUGAAACAAAUUAGCUAUCAUCAGUAAGCUACCCACUGUAGACUAAAUGACUCCAUAGAGGUGUCCAUUUUGAAACUAAAUGCUCUUCAAUUAUUAACCAUAUUAUUUACUUUCUUUCAAAAGCAGCUGUGUUUAUGAGUACUGAACAAAUGUGUAUACUUUCCUGUGCCAGACUUUUGAGUUUGUUUUCAAGCACUGUACUGUGGGAUUGAGUGGCAGCUUUGUUAGAAAAAGGAGUAUAUUAGGGUUUCUACUUAACCCUUUUAGGACUGAACGAUUUCUUCCCUUUAUAAAAAAAAAGUUGUAAAAUAAAUGAGCAGUUCUAACUUUGUUAACAUUUGUCUACGUUCAGCACUGCAUUUGCCCCAUAUGGAGGUGCUAUGCUAAUUUCUCUCUAUUUUUUUUUCCUAAUCCUGUAGCAUGUGUAUACAUUCAGUCUUAAAAGGGUUAUUUUUACAAACUGUGCACCUGUAAAGUUUCUUAGCAAUAAGGUAGAAAAUUGAGCAAGUUUUUACCAUAAUUUUGUAGAAUUAAUUGCUCAGUUCCAUAUUUCAUCAAGAAAAAAAACCCUGCAAUAUGGGCAGUUUUGAGGAAUAAAUAAAAGUGAAAUGUAAACCACAAAGAAGUGUUUUUGUCAAGUGUACUCUCUGUGUGUAUGUGCAUAUAAUAUCUGGUUUCAUUUUUUUAUGCUAAAGAUAAAAUGCCAUGCUACUGUUGAUGCAGCAAAUAUAAUUGAACAUCUGUAUGAUGAUAGCAUAAAGGUAGUUAUGAUUUGAUCAGAUGUUGGAAUUUGCCAUGUUUUUGCAGAUUUUUUCAAUGUUAUACAUGGAAUAAGUUUGUUUUGGGGGGGUGGGGGCAAAAGAACAGUGAGGUCAUCAAUGGAAGCAGAACAACAAAAAAGAAGACCAAGCCCAGGAGUGGAGAAGUCAUCAGUAGUUAUGAGGCUAUGCGCACUGGACUCCAAUUAAACGGGAUGUAGAAUGUCCACCCAAAAAGCUGGUCUCCAAAUCUAAAUCUGUUUCGUUAUGGCUUGUAUAAUUGCUGGAGUUAGACAAGAGACUGUUUUUUCCAAUAAUGUAAAAGAAAAAAAAGAACCGGUUCACUUUUUGAUAUUAUUUAUUAAAUAAGAAAAAAUGAA